CGCACACAACGCACACACGCAUACACAACACACACAGCGCACACACGCACAACGCACACACACGCACACAACGCACACACAACGCACACAACGCACGCAGACACACGAUGUUGACGAUUGAGGUGUGCCUGGCAGACGAGAGUCUGGUGCCAGAGCAAGAGAUCGAGGGUGCGGUGGGCGAGGUGCUGGGACAGCUCCGCGACACGCAACAGGACAGCUGCGCUGAUGGCUUUGACAAGAACAGCUUCGUGUCCAUGUGCGGGCAACAUCCAGUGCUGACACACAACGCCACAUCGAUUCGCUGCAGCGGUGAAUGGGUGCCAGGUACGGAACCUUCCGUGUGCGUGUACCGCCUGCAUACGGACGGUGCAGUGGAGGAGCACGACGCAGAAGAAGAAGUCACCAGCGCGCUGCAAUGGGUGCUUCCCGCGGCAGAGUUUGACAAUCUGUGGGACACGCUCAUCUACGACACCGACGUCAAGCAGAACCUGCUCUCCUUUGCCACCACCACGCUGCUCUUCUCCGAUCACAACGUGAACCCAGACAUCAUCAGUUGGAAUAGAGUGGUUCUUCUUCACGGACCUCCAGGCACCGGCAAGACAACUUUGUGCAAGGCCCUGGCACAGAAGCUGACGAUCCGCUUCUGCAAACGGUUUUCGCACGGACAGCUGAUUGAAAUCAACAGCCACAGCCUCUUCUCCAAGUGGUUCUCCGAGAGUGGGAAGCUCGUUGGCAAGAUGUUCCAAUCGAUUCGAGAGCUCAUCGAGAACGAGGAUUCGUUUGUUUGCGUGCUCAUCGACGAGGUGGAGAGCCUUGCUGCUGCUCGACGCGCCGCAACCAGCGGCACAGAGCCGUCUGAUGCCAUCCGCGUGGUCAAUGCUCUCCUCACACAGAUUGAUCAACUCAAGACGUACAAGAAUGUCUUGAUUCUGACAACAUCCAACAUCACAGAGGCCAUUGACGUUGCCUUUGUCGACAGGGCGGACUUGAAGUUCUUUAUUGGCCUGCCGGGCAUAAACGCGCGGUACCAAAUCCUGAGCUCGUGCGUGCGGGAGCUGAUGCGCACGGGUCUCGUGCAAGAGGAGCUUCUUAUGGACGUCAAGUCCCUCGAGGACAUGGAAUAUGCUGCGACGGAAGCGACGAGGGAAAGCCUAAAGCUGCUUGAACUGGCUAGGUUGUGCGAGGGUCUCAGCGGCCGGAUGCUGCGCAAGCUCCCGUUUCUCGCCUUUGCUCGACUCCAGGCUGCAGGGGAGGCGAUGCCGCUCGCUGCCCUGCUGGAAGCGCUGCGUGUGGCCAUCGAGCGUGAGCACCAGUCGCGCCAGAGCCUCAUGGCAUAGCAUAACGCGAAACAGCAGAAAGCCAGCAGAAGUCAGUGUAUGUGCGUGUGUGUGUGCGUGUGCGCGCGUGUGUGCGUGUGUGUGCGCGUGUGUGACAUGGUGGAAUAGCAUAGACGGCAACCACAAGAAGACGACGGCCAAAGUUGUGACGAG